AUGUCAGCGCGUGCCCGUGAGAGAAUCUGGGAAAAUCCUCCUUUCGGUACCAUAUUUUCGAGUCUUAUGGGCGCAAUGUCUCUGGGCUCUUACACAUUCCUUUUUGCCUCACGCGAGACAAAUUCGACACAGAUCUCAUCAGGAGCGAUUCAGCUUGCGUCAUCCAUCUCGGCCUCAGCUCUUUUGCUGACAUUCGUACUGCGAGACGAGUUGAGUCGCUUCUGGGCGCUUUGCCUCUUCGAGAUGUGUGUCGGACUGUACUAUCCGAGUAUGGCCUUCCUGAAGGGCCGGCUGGUUCAAGAGGAGCGAAGAGGCCGAGUGUACGGACUGAUGAGGGUUCCGCUCAAUACAUUCACCGCGCUAUGUCUGACGACUAUUAAUGAAGGUAUGAUGGACACCUCCAUCUCAAGCUUACCUUUGAAGGCCUAG